AUGACUUGCCACGGUCCCAGAUUUGUUUCAGCAUCAAGCCUAGUUCGACGAUCCCGGUGCCCCAACACUGCUCUCGCCAUGGACAGUCCUCCACCUCCACUCCGGAAGGAUGCACCGCUGCCGUCACUCGAGGCUCCCAGAGCGCUGUCACAGAACAGCCACUUUCGCGUGGCAAGUGACUCCACGCUCGAGGAGCUGCAGAAACAGCUAGACGAAGCGGCGAUGGCAAGGGGGUCGAUGUCUCCUUCCGAGCGCCUCGACCGCGUUGUGCCAGAAGCGCAAGGAAGUCCACCAGGCGACGGCGACAGGUCUCUGCCGCUCGGUGAUGGUAUGGAGCAUCGUCCAUCCAUGAAGACCUUGCAUUCUGCACUAGACAACGUUGUAUUGGGGCAGGCGGCUUCGAAGGGUGUGCUACAGAGCAUUCAGGAGGUGCCCCUUAGCCAGGAACGCUGUUGGGAGAAGUGCUGUCAAGCCUUCCUCGAUCGGCUUUGUGUCAUCCUUUUCCUUCCCAUUGGUGUGGUCAUGCACCGCGGUGGGCAGGGGGUUCGUGCUGCCGCAGUGAUCAUGUGCGUGGCUCUUUGGGCAGCAUGUCUAUACACUUCGGUCACUGGAGGGUGGAAUAUGGGGGGCUGUUUGCUCCAUGUUUUCGAAGCAACAGCAAAUCUGGCCCUCCUGUCUCGGAAAUCCUCCAGUAUCAGAUUCCAAGAGUUUAACGCAUAUGUGAUGGAGGCUAUGCAGUCGCACAACAUGGGGCCACUUCCGGCCAUGAAGUGGCACCUCCUUGUGAUCACGGCAUGCCUCGCCGGCUGGAUUCUGUGCCAUGUCGCGAAGGUGCGACUUGUGGCUUGGGCCGGCGGCGAGAUGACAUGGCAAGUCGUCGUGUUGCCUUGCUUCCAAAACCUCUACCGGGCAAGUUGGUCGUUGUGGCUAUUGCGCUUGAACGAGUUUGUCAACGAGCUGGCGGAUGCGUUCUGCCGCAGCUGCGCGAGGAGCCCUGAAGGUGUGGACUCAGCCUACAGCCACUGGGCUUGUGUCUGUGCUUUCACCGGGCAGAUGACGCAGCAUUGCCAAGUGGUGUACGUGAUCAUGUUUCUGACUGCACUGAUGAGUGGACUGGCUCCCAUUGUGGAGAUCUUCGUGUCAACCAGCUUGUCGUCGCAGAGCGAAGAGUGGAUACUGCCGCAUCUCAUAGCGAGCAUCAUCGCAUUUGCGUUGAUGACAUAUGUCUUUGGGUGUGCUGCGGCGAUGAGUGAAAAGUGCAAGAAGGCAGCAUCCUUCGUGAAUUACUUGCAGGGGUGCUUAUGUGGGCAAGCCAGGGCUGAGAUUCGGUGGCUCGUCAGCUACAUGGAGAGCAGUGACGCUGGCAUCUUCCUGGGAGGAUCCAAGCUCGAUCUUUUCUGGUACUCCCGAUUUCGCUACUUGGCCUUCAGCGCUUCAGUCUUCCUGGCGGUACGCUUCCAGACUUUGCCGGAGGCCCACAAAGACCAGCUCGCAGAACAGUGGGGCCGUUUCCUGCGUGCUUUGGCUUUGUGGGGAUUGAGACAGUCGGGAAUGAAAUCAGAACCAACUUGGUGA